AUGUCUGAUGAUAGCAUUGAUGGAAAUUCACUUUUAAUACUUCUUCGAGAUGCUAUUGUACAACAUUCACCACUUAAAUAUAUUAAAGCCAUUCUUAGUUAUAAACAAAUAAAUAUCAAUGGGCCUGUUCGUCGUGGUCUUAGACCAUUACACUAUGCUGUGUUCGAGAAUGAUCUCGAAUGUGUUCGUCUACUCAUUGAAGAUCAUGGUGUAGAUGUAAAUGUUUUAGAUGAUGCUGGCUAUUCACCUUUACAUUUAGCAGCAAAAUAUGGCUUUAUUGAUAUUAUGCAUAUAUUAAUUGAUCAUGGUUCUCUUAUAAAUUUUCAUGUAGCAAUAAAUGAUUCUCAAGCAUGUUCAAUGGUUGUUCCUCACUAUGAUGUAAUUGUGGAGCCAUUGAGUCUUUGUUUAGAAAAUAAUCAUAUUGACUGUGCUCGUUUACUCAUUUAUUCUGGUGCUUAUGUUAAUCAACACUAUUUUCUUGGUUAUGAAAUAAAUUUAUUACCGUACGAAAAUCUUUCUGCAUUAGAAUUAAUUCUUAAACAUGGUGCGAAUUCAAAUGCCCUUUCUCGCAGUGGUAUAACACCCUUAAUUAAGGCUUGUCGAGAGGGCAAUAUAGGUGCUGUCACAUUAUUAUGUCGCUAUGGGGCUAAUGUUAAUUAUGUAACAAGAAAAUUCCGACAGAGAAAUGCUCUUAUUCUAACUGUUGAGUCAAAACGUUGUGAUAUCAUUGAAAUAUUAUUAAUUCAUGGAGGUUUUAUUAAUAAACAUCCUGAUUUAUGUAAUUCCCCUUUGGAAUUAGCUAUUCGAAAAGAUCAUCUUGAUACAGUCAAAUUAUUGGUUGCUUUUGGUGCAAAUACAAAUGAAGAAACCAACGAAGAUGUUGAAUGUGUAACACCAUUAAUUCUUGCUUGUCAAUUAUCAAAUUUAAAAAGUCAAUAUUCAAUUAUUAAAUGUCUUCUAGAAAAUGAUGCAGACCCCAACCAAUCUGUUUCUUUUAAUCCUCAACAUCAACAUCAACAUAUUCCAUAUCGAACACCUUUAGUAGCUUACAUUAAACAUGCUUAUGAUCGACGAUUAGAUAUGCGUAUUGUACGUCUAUUGAUUGGCUACGGAGCUCGAGUUUCAUUUUCAAGAGGACGAGAUAGUGUUCUCCGAUUUUUACGCCGUUUCCAAUCAAAUACAAAUUUAAUUGAAUUACUUUGUGAUGCAGCUUAUGUAUUUCAUCCAAGUUAUAUUGCUGAAUGUACGGAACUUGACGAAAAAACAAAACUAAAGAUAUAUCAAUGUGCCACAACGCCAUGUACAUUGAAAAAUAUUUUACGUAAACAAAUUCGAACACGUUUAUUUAAUUCACCAUUGAAGAUACGUAUGCAUCGAGCUGUGAACAAAUUGGAUUUACCGCUUUUUCUUCAACGAUACUUACUCUUCAAUGAUAUUUAA